AAAAAAAAAGAAAAAAUAAUUUCUUAUUAAUACCCUUUGUUUUUUUUUGUUUUUUGUUUUUUUUUUGACGAUCUAUCUUGUUAAUUGGAUCCAAAUUUUCAAUUAAUUAGAUCCAAAUUUUGCUUAAUCUCAAAACGCGUGCAUGCAACUAUGCAAGACCAUUUCGAUUCAAUUAACUCAUUCUUUAUUUCCUAACUUACGAAUUAAUCAACCAAUGAUAGAGAUAGUGCGGGCACAACCAACGUGCAUUUUAUAAAAAUAGAUAUUGGUUCAUCUUUAUUAUUGAGUGCAUAUAAAGAUAAAAAUGCAUUGGAUCAAAUUAUUACGAAGUAUUAAAUACAUAAAUCAUUAAACUAUUCAUCGCUUAAUUUCUGCCCGAUAAUCCACGGCAUUACUUAUCAAAAAUUAUUACUAGUAGUUUUAAUGAAAUUAAUCAGCUGUUUUUUUCUUUUCUUUUUUUUUUAUUAUAAUUUUUGAUACAGAUAAUAUGAAUUUAACCAGCUAAAUAUUAAACAAUUCAUCUUUCUCCCAAAAUAUUAUUUUUUUCGUUAAUAACCAAACCGACGUGAGCUCUCCAAAAAAACAGUUAGAAUAUUUUGCUCCUUUUGAUAUGGAUCUCCAAACUCAAACACAGAGAAUCAUAAGCCUAUAUACACCUACCAAUUCUAUCACCAUAAAAAAACAUGCCUAUAUUUUGUCAUUUUUCAUUUUAAUUGCCAUAAUAAUUUUUGCAAUAUCAAAUAUCAUAAACCCUUAUGAUCUCCAAUACCUUCGUUACUAUUCUCCUUUUCAACAAAAACUACAAACUUGUGACUAUUCCAAUGGAGAAUGGGUGUGGGAUGAGAACUACCCUUUUCAUAGCUACGACGAGAGUUGCCGGUUUCUCGAUCCCGGGUUCCGGUGUCAUCAGAAUGGACGUGCUAAUACAAGCUUCCGUCAUUGGCGAUGGCAACCUCAUGGGUGUGAUCUUCCUAGAUUCAAUGCAAGUGAUUUUCUAGAGAGAAGCAGGAAUGGAAGGAUAAUAUUCGCCGGAGAUUCGAUAGGUAGAAACCAAUGGGAGUCACUAUUAUGCAUGCUAUCAACCGGAGUUUCAAACAAAUCAUUAAUAUAUGAAGCAAAUGGAGUUCCUAUAACCAAGCACAAAGGCUAUUUCUCAAUGAUAUUUCAAGACUUCAACUUGAGUGUUGAGUAUUACCGUGUCCCCUUCCUUGUACGACUAAGCCGUCCACCACCUAACUCGCCAGGACAAGUACAUGGAGCUAUUAAGGUUGACAAGCUCCACUGGUGGUCGGAGAAAUGGCCAGGAGCAGAUGUUUUCGUCUUCAAUAAUGGUCACUGGUGGAAUGAGGCGAAAACUAUUGGGUCGGGCAUUUACUUUCAGGAAGGAGGGGUUGUAAAUAUGACAAUGGAUUACACGGAAGCUUUUCGAAGGUCGAUGAGGACACUAAAGUCAUGGGCAGAAGAGAAGUUAAAUUCACAAAGAAGCCACAUUUUUUUCCGAAGCUAUGCUCCAGUUCAUUACAGGCACUGCACUUAA